AUGGAUUUGAAGCCUAAAGGAUCUGCUGCUGUUUUCGUUCUCCUGGUUCUUUUCACACUCAGCAAGUUCAGCGAAGCGCAAAACCUUUGCUCGGUGCCAGAUAAUUUGCUGGUAAUUCUUAUUCCGGAAAACAACGCUAUUGGAGUCGUAGUUACAACACUCAAUGCUGAGGAUGGGGUGAUGGCCAGAAUCACUAGUCAAAAUCCAGAGGGUUUCUUCAGCAUCAGUGGAUACGAUCUCAUUGCUGAAACUGUGCUGGACUAUGAGACAUUUAACCCGAGCAAACCUCAUGAGGUGCAUAUUGAGUGUACAAAAGCUGGCUCUCUCUCUACCACACUGAAUCUGAAAAUAGCUGUUGAGGAUGUAAAUGAUAAUCCACCAGUGUUUGCAUACAGUCAAUACACACUAAACGUUGAUGAGUUGUCAAAAGUGGAUACCAGUGUUGGCCUGAUCACAGCAACCGAUCCUGAUAAAAAUGAUAGACUUUACUACCAACUGGAUUCUCCUGAGGGAGAAUUUGCCCUGGAGGCCGAUUUCAAUCCCAACAUUCUGGUGAAAAAGCGUCUGGAUUAUGACGAAGUUAAAGAAGUCACAAUGAUGCUAUAUGUGCAGGACACACCGAUUGGAUCUACAGCUGAAGUCUCCCACACUGCCUCAACCACCAUUGUAGUCAAUAUCAUAGACAUUGACAAUCGUCCACCAUGGUUCCAGCCCUGUACAGAAACUGAGAUUGACACAAGCAAAAUCUGCUUGAUGUCUGGUUAUAACGGGAAUGUCAACUUAAACGAACAAGCGGUGAGUCCUUUGUCCUUGGAGCCAGGUCCACUCUUGGCCAUUGAUGGUGACAACGGCAGGAAUGAUCCUAUUGUUUAUAUAUUUCUUGGAGGAAAUGAGGGAGGUAUAUUUGAAAUCAACACUGACACCGGGAGCAUCACAAUGCAGGAACCAGUAAAAGAAGCAGGAACAAUUGUUCUUUCAGUCAUGGCAUAUCAGAAGGAGAACGUUGAUCAGUUUGCCACCACUACAGUCAUCCUGAAGGUGGUGGAAUCCACCAAUUUCCCUCCGACCUUUGUGAAGUCCAGUUAUGAAGGCUUUAUCUCAGAGGAUGCGGGUGUGGACAGCCUGGUGCUGGAGAGCAAAACAUCCAACAGACCCCUCAGAGUACAGGCUACAGAUGAAGACUUUCCUAGUGGCAUUAAUCCUAACCUCAGAUUUGAGAUUGUUGACGGCACUGACUUCUCAAUCACUCAAGAGGGUUUCAUACUCAUGGCGAAGGCAGUUUCCCCAGGCCCUGUAAAUUUAGAAAUGAGGGUGGUUGACACAACCAAUGAAGAAUCAAGCACCGCUUCUCUUACGGUUGAGGUCACUCCAGGGGUUCCCACUACCACUCCUGCCACAGCUAUCAUGACUUCAUCCAUUAUAACAACAGAGAGCACUGCUAACACAAAGCUAACAGAAAUCACCACCGCCACCUCGCACCCAGGUAUCACCACAACUACGCGCCCCAGCACAG